AUAAACUAACACAGAACGAGGAAGACAGGAUGAAGGGGAGUUAUGUUCAUAUCAUAUUUUUCCUUAUUAUAAGUUCCGAACAUCUGGCAAAAGCACUUAACAAUAUCUCACUAUCUCUUGUAUAGGGUUUCCUCACAAUAUCAGUUCCUCACAAUAUCAGUAAACAAGAUGAGUCAGCUGAUAAAAGCCAAAAUAAUCCUCUAUCUUAUCUCAGAGUCUGUGCACCCAGUCCAGAAGUUUACAGCAGGAAAUCAGUCUCUCCUCUGAGCACAGACAACAGUGUAUUGCCUCGCUUGUUUGUACUUUGACUGGGCGUCUUGUAUAGGAUAGAAAGAGGUUAUGGCUGAUACCUAGUAUCUCAGCUACUGUAUAUGCGAGGGUAUCUUUAGUGUACAUAAAGAAGUGCAUGUGUGUCAUUAGUUUCUGUGAAUGCAAGCACCAUGAUGCGUUGAUACAGGAGUGAUUCCAUCCAGCAUUGAGGAAUAUAGUGAAUGUUACUUAUAGAUACACAGAACAUGUGGAAAAUAUAUACUUUGUUGGUGAGAAACAUAUUGGAGGAGAGAACAAUGAGAAGGUGAAUGUCAUCUGAGUGUUCUGUUCAGGUUUCUGUUAGAGGAUAAGACUUGUUGACGAGAAUGAGUUUGCCAGAAGAUGACAAACCGUGUGAGGAUAGUGUCAGUGGGGAGGCGAAUAUGGACCUGUCUGGAGGUACAGUCACCCCAGCGAGACCUAGGACAACCGUCACAACCCCUAAACCAAGACCUAUGUCAGCCCUCUUUCUCGGCUGUAUUGCUCCAGAUGAAUUAAAGGAUCUUAAAGUUCAAAAACGGAAGUCCUUUGAAUUUACUUACACAGCUGGAGAUGGUCAUGUUGUGGUACCAGUAUCAACCCAAGUAGUGAGUCCUUUAAAUGGAAGCAGUGUGACUAAAGCUAGAAGAGAAAGGUGGCGAAAUCUCUCGAAGUCAUUGUUAUCACUGAAGAAGUGGACACCAAGGAAUGAGACUGCAGGAGGUCGUGGGGAGUGGAGAGAGAGUAACAGUCAGGGUGAGCAUUGUGUUACCCCUGAGACGGGGGACAGUCGAGCCCCACUAACCUUCUGUACACCUGAUCAUCUCUCGUGCAUCUAUAACAACUCCACAUACGCAUCUACACCCACAUCAAUGCCACAUACUAGUGUGAGCAAGAGCAUGACAUUAUCUGCACUCCCUCACCGCAUUAGUGUAUAUGAAGACAGUCCUGGUGGGGAGAACCAGUACAAGGAUGUCAGUAACUCCUGCAGCCAUAACCCAGGUCAUGAGACACUAGUUGAGGAUGGGGAUGCAAAAGUAAGUUUGGUACAAUCUCCAGAAGGAAACGUGCCCAGAUUGCGUCAACACCAUCCCCAGCUCAUGCGCUUCCGCCAGCGACCCAACUCCUGCAGCAAUCUUGAUCUAAAGCUGGCCUCAAAGACUGGUGUUAAGGCUACUUUUGUUGGGAGUACCACCCCUGCAGCGACUGAAUUUGAAGGAGAAUGUACGAGCUUAAGACACCGUCCUUUAUCUUGGGGAGGCACAGGGAGACCAAGCAAUGUUGCAGCGAAUGUGAUCCUCACUGACCCCAUCAUAGUGCAUGAUGGCUGGUCACAUGUGAAACAGCACAACAGAAACCACGUCUUUGACUCCUUCUUUAGUUACUUUUACCGUCUUCAACUCAACUCUCAGCAUUCUUAUGAUACUGGGAGCAUAUACCGGAGAGGAGCGAGAAGAUGGCGCAAGUUGUACAAAGUCAAUGGGCACAUCUUUCAGGCUAAGCGCUUCAACAGACGUGCCUUUUGCGAAUUCUGCAAGGAUCGCAUUUGGGGAUUGGGCCGGCAAGGCUUCAAGUGCACUCAGUGCAAACUCCUCGUUCACAAAAAGUGCCAUAAACUCCAAAAAGUCCCCUGCAAUGCAGAUUUGGACACUUCCACUGAUACUUUAGCAUCACAUGAUUCUUCAACACUUACAAGACCAGGCACCAAUGGCAGGCUGGCCAUCCAGGAUUUUGCUGGAGAGAUCUCGGGGGCCCUGGACAUAGAUUGGGUGCAAACAGAAAAACAUGUGUUUGAGACAGCUUCAAACCACCCAUUCCUAGUUGGUCUGCACUCAUGCUUCCAGACUCCGUCCCGGCUUUUCUUUGUGAUUGAAUUUGUCCGAGGAGGUGACCUGAUGUUCCAUAUGCAGCGACAGCGUCGCUUACCAGAGGAACAUGCUAGAUUUUAUGCUGCUGAAAUAUGCUUGGCACUUAAUUUUCUUCAUGAAAAGGGUAUAAUCUAUCGGGAUCUUAAAUUGGACAACGUUUUACUUGAUCACGAGGGGCACAUUAAACUUACUGAUUAUGGUAUGUGCAAAGAAGGCAUCCGUCCAGGUGACACUACCUCUACCUUCUGCGGGACCCCAAACUACAUUGCACCAGAGAUUUUACAAGGUGUAGAAUAUAGCUUUAGUGUUGACUGGUGGGCAUUAGGAGUUCUGCUUUAUGAAAUGCUAGCAGGCAAGAGUCCUUUUGAUAUUGUAGGAGCCUCUGACAACCCAGAUUGUAACACUGAAGACUUCCUCUUCCAGGUUAUCCUGGAGCGACCCAUCCGUAUUCCUCGAUCAUUGUCUGUAAAAGCUGCCUCGAUACUCAAGGGCUUCCUUAAUAAGAACCCAGUGGAUCGACUAGGGUGUCACCCAGAAACUGGCUUUACAGAUAUUAUUACACAUCCAUUCUUCAAGACUAUAAUUUGGGAAAUGCUUGAAAGAAAACAGAUCCUUCCACCAUACAAGCCACGAGUAGAUGGAGAAAGAGACCUAGAAAACUUUGAUCCUCAGUUUACAGCUGAGCCUGUACAGUUUACUCCAGAUGAUCAACGUGCCAUCGAGAACAUCGACCAGAGCGAAUUCGAGGGGUUUGAGUAUGUGAACCCUUUGUUAAUGAGCAUGGAGGACUGUGUGUAGGUGAAGAGUGGCCUUCACCACUGUGUGGCCAUCACCACCAUUCCUCCAUCCAUUGCUUUUAUCUUGCUACCUCCACUGCCUGCCUUCCAAUUUCCUCUCUUUUUAGCCAUGAUUAUCCUCUUACCCAUGUCUACAUAUGGCCAUGAUUCUCCAUGUAUCGACAGGCUAAUUCAAAGCCACAUUGCUACUGCUACUUAUGCAUCCAAGUUAACCUCCAUGUGGUCUACACUCAUCUGCUUUUCAUCUCUCCAACCUUCAGAACUUCACUUCGUCCUGAGUAUGCUGCCAAAAUAUCAGUUUAUGCCGUUGAGAAGAGGUUUGGCUGUAAGGGGUGAGUAAAAGUGCAUUAAAGGAGGUUGUGUGGUGUAGGGGUUCACUAAUAUUGGCUGUAUUGGUCCAAUAAAUUCAUGUAGAGGCAUGAUGGGACUGAAAGCAGAUGGAAGUGUAUAUGCUGCCUACCAUCUUUGUACCAAUUGGUGGUAGCUACAGCCACUGCUGCUGAUCAUGUUGAUAGAUAUAUUAGGUUAGUGACAUAUUUAUGACAUAUGGCAGGGAAAGGAGUGUGUUAAAUAGCACCUAGUGCCAACAUGUAAAAAAAACACCCUUACGGUAGAGAGAGAAAUUUACCAGAAACUUUUAUAGAGAAAUUUCACAACAUUUGAUCUCUAGUCUAUAGGAUGUAUUAUUUACAACGAGUGUAAUGGUGUAGACGGCACAUCCAUGGUCCCUCAGCCAGCCACUAUGCUGUGGUCAUUUGGUACUUGUUAUUGGUAACCACAGGGUACUUUUGCUUCCCUUGGCUAUGCUCGUCAAAUCUCACUGCUUCAUGCACACAAUACCGAUGAACGAGAAUAAAUAAUCAAAAUGUGUAGUGGUUCCAUGUAAGCUCAGAUGGCUUUUAAGUGUUUUGUAUCGUAUCAAGUGUUAAAUCAUACAGGACCACAGAUUAACAGACCCAGAUAUAUGCACUGCUUAAACUGUGUAUAUCAUAUGUGACUUAAAGGUCUAAUCUUACAAUACGAUCAUAGUGUAUACUUCAUACCUUCACUAUAAAGAAACCUGUGUCGGUUGUAGGCUGUACCCGAACAUGGAGAAGACUGGGCACAACUCAAGUUUUGCUCUCUACCUCCCAAAAUCACAAGUAGAUGCCCCUGAUAAGCAAGUUGGUCAAGCAUACUGACCUGCUUUAUAAAAAAAAGGGUCCUUAAAAUUCUUAUCUUGUACAUUUGUUUUGCUCCAAAACCAACUUAACCUUGUUGAAAUUUAAAAAUUUAAUAACAUGUAGAGAAAUAUAUUAAUUUGGUGAUACUCAGAAUUAUUUUUGCAGAGUUAUCAAAAUGAUGAGUUUACUUUUGGCUUGUUUGACAAAACGAUGCUUGCCCAAUAAGCCAAAUCUGCAAGUUCCACUUAAAAAUCCUCACAAAAUUGUCAUAUUUCUGGGUAAAAACCAGGAAAAGCAGCAUAAUUUUUUUUUUUUCAUAAGCAAACUUAAGCAGCUGUUAUGUCACUUUACUGUUAAAGACAAUAAAUCAAGUGUAUUCUUUUUCAAUCUAUGUAAAGGAUAGCCGAGGUGACGUAUAGUGCAAACCAAAAGCAGCUUAGUUUUUGUAUAUCCGCAGGUCUGUGGUUGAUGUCGUUAAAUAAUCAAAUGAUUAUAGAAAAGGUGAUAAAGGCAGCUAUCACUUAACCAGGACAAUGUAUAAUGGAUGGUGCAGGUAUAUUUAAGGUAGAAUAAUAUAAUGAUAUGCUGCGAGUAUCCAUUUGCCAAGCCAGUGGAUAGGUUACUGGGCAGGUAUAAAUUAUCCAAUACAUUUGAUAUUGAAUGGAGUAUAAUUAACUAGGGCAGAGAAUUUCAAAUGAGGGGAUUGUGUGUGUGUUUCUUAGGGAUGUGAUGUUUCCCAAAUUAUUGUUGAUGCCUAUAUUUAAUUUUAGGUCAGUACCCAUACGAUCAAAAUUAGCCAAUAUCGAUGGUAACAAUACUUUUGGAUAAACUCAGAUUGGUAACCCAAGAUAACCCAAUGAAGUCAGUUUGUCACUGAAGACUGUUUUAUUUCCAUUGGGGUCAUGUAAUGCUGUACCCCAGGAUGAGUCCCACAACAGUUAGCUAACACUCGGGUAUACUUGCUGCUAGGCAAACAGGGGCAGCAGGUGUGAGGAAACAUACCCAGUGUUUCACCUGUGUUGGGGAGUGAACCCCCCAGUCCCCUGAUGUGUGAUCUGAAAACAUUACCCCCCACACAUGCACGCAUGCAUGCAUGCAUAUGCAUGCAUGCAUGCGUGCAACAGCACAAAGGAGAGUGGAUAGCAGCUCAAGGCCUUUUUCACUUUUUGUUGCUGCAUACGUGAGGUCAGCUAACACAAUGUUAGCAGAAGUCCAUGCCCAAGUAUUAUCAUUCCAGUUCACUCCAUGAUUUUCCAUAUCAGUUUUCAAUUUUCCAAUAUUGCUAGUUCCUGAUGGGGCACUGGGGACAGGUGCAAAAAAGGCCUUGAGCUGCUAUCCAGUAAUCCCCUUGAGACUCUUUUGUGAUUUAUUUGAAUGCUGAUUUUUAUUGUUUGUGUGUGUGCGCAUGUCUGUGCAUGUGUAUGUGCACAUAUGCAUGUACUCGCCUAUAUAUAUGGUUGCAGGGGUCUAGUCACAGUUCCUGGCACCGCCUCUUUCCUGGUCACUACUAGGUCUACUCCUGGCUUCAAGAGCCUUUUCAUAUCUCUUCUUAAAGCUAUGUAUGGAUCCUGCCUCUGCCACUUCACUCUCCAGAUUGUUCCACUUCCAGAUAAUUCAACGGCUGAAGAAAUACUAUGAUUCAUCCAAGUUUUCAACUUUCAGCUGUGCCCUCUUGUUUCUAUUUCCCAUCUCUGAAGCAUUCUGUCCCUGUUCACCUUGUCAUUUCCUCUCAGUAUUUUGUACAUCUUUAUCAUAUUCCUCCCCUAGUCAUCCUGUCCUCCAGUAUCAUCAGGUUGCAUCCCCUAACCCUCUCCUCAUAGGAUAUACCCUUUAGCUCCAGGACUAGUCUUGUUGCAAACCUCUGCACUCACCAAUUCCUUGAUAUGCUUGACCAGGUGUGGGUUCCAUACUGGUGCUGUGUAAUCCAUUAUUAUUAUUAUU